CAGUUCGGGAUAGGAAGUGAGAGGCGCGCUGGGAAACUAUCUUCUCCACAAAUAACUAUCUCCUCCUCCUCCUCCUCUCCCCAUCAGCUCCGCCGCUCGCCGCCGGCCACCCUCCCCCCUUCCAUGGUACACCAUGCUUCUGGCGGCGGCAACUGCCACAGCAGCGCCGGUGUCGUCUAGCUCUAGCUUCUUCGCCGCGACGACAAGAGCCACCACCACCACCCGCUUCACUGCCCAGCUCCAGCUCUCGCUGCCACGCCGGUGCCGAUCCUGGUGGGGCAAUGGGAAAGCGCGCCGGAGCAGCCGCCGCCGCAGCCACCAUUGCUGGGCCGGUGGCGGCGCCGCGACGCCGGAGGACCACAUGGACGAGCUGCCGCCGGGGAGAGGCCGCUACCACCCGUUCGAGGAGAUCGCCGAGAAGCUCCAGGUCGACGACGGCGAGCCCGCCCACCUCACCGACGCCGAGUCCGCACGAACCAUCGUCGAGGUGAACAGCAAGGCGACGGUGAUGAUCUCGACGCUGAUCGACGAGGGCGUGCACGAGAGGAUCAUCCUGCCGGAGUUCCCCUACCUCACCGAUGAGAACGGAGAUAUUUACUUCGAGGUCGACAACGACGACGCCCUCCUGGAGAGCAUCAUGGGAGACGACAAGACUGCGCAUGUUAUCAUAGGGCUUGACAACACUCAGGUCUUUGCUGACUUGGAUCUGGCAGCGGCAUCUGCGACUGAGUUUGCUCAAGAAGACGAUGACGACGACGAUGAUGAUGACGACUCGGAUGAUGAGGAGAGUGACUUUGACGAUGACUUUGAUGGGGUGAUGAAAAAUCCUUCUCAGGAGGGUGUGUUUGCAGUCGAUGACGACGAUGGCGAUGAGGAUGGAGAAGACGAAGAUCUGCCUAGAUGGACAGAUCUAGAAACCAUGAAUUCCUGCCAUCCAUUGUACUUUGCAAGGAUGAUUGCAGAGACCUCAACCAAGUCUAGUAUAGACUGGUUGGACAGACCACCUGCAAGCCUUGUUGUUGAGGGUCAACUGAGACCAGCCUUUGCUGAAGAGAGCACCAUGGUUUCAAGGCAUUUAUCAAAUGAUGAACCACGGAAAGAUAACAAGGAGAGUGGUGCUACAUUUUUCAAGGUUGAGGUUCUGAGCAUUGAGCUGAUCACUGCAUAUGGAACUGAGCCAAAGGUAAAGAUAGGGGAAUACCGGAAAGCUAGGCCAGAUAUCAUUGCGCAUUCUGCACCGAACAUAAUAUCGCGCUUGAGAGCUGGUGGAGACAAGAUAAGCCAGGCUCUGAAAUCACUCUGCUGGAGGUGCAAGGCCAUCCAAAUAGAGGAGGCAGCUGUCAUUGGAGUGGACUGCCUUGGGUUUGACUUGAGAGUGUGCUCAGGAACACAAGUGCAGACACUGAGAUUUGCGUUCCCUGCAAAGGCCACUUCAGAGUUUGGUGCAGAGAAGCAAAUACACGAACUUCUGUUUCCUAGGAUACAGCAAGAGGGACAGUCACCACAAACUAGACAGAAAGAGUCUUGAUGUAAUUCGGAGGAGAUAAUUUAUUCAUUUGGUAGGAAUUACUAGCUAAAAUAAAAUAUAUGCCACAUGUCCUUUUUCUUCCAUUUAUCCAUGGGGUAGAAUUUUUAGAUUCCA